UCUCCAGCCCUGGGAUUACACAGACUCCUCUCUGAACCAACAAACAGCCUUAACUGUGGCUUCAUCUAAGGUCUGCUUCCUGGAUAUCUAAUCGUCCUGCUGUGAACGUACCAUUUGAAGGUGUCUGUAAAAUGACUGGAGCUACAACAUGUACUCUUUCAUCAGGACAUUUCAAGUGAAGCUGCUGUUUUUUCUGCUGGUUGUGGCUGCCGUCACGUUUUUUCUACCAGCAGAUUUUCCUGAAUUGCUUCAGCUUCAGCAUCAGGAUCAAAGCUUGUGUGCUUGUGAGAAAUGUUUGUCUGAAGAAAACCUUUUCAUUCUACAUCGCCUGAACCGUUCAGAAGAGCCCUUUUUGUCUUCGAACACGAACCUCUCUGAGGAUGCUUUCAGAUGGUGGAAGCUCAUACAGAACGAACAGCGAGACUUUGGUUCCUAUAAAGCAACAGUGCACAAGCUGUUUGAGCUAUUCCCAUCCGUGGCUGACCUUGGAAAACCCAGUGCCGACAGCUGCAGGACUUGUGCCGUUGUUGGCAAUUCGGUUAAUUUGAAAGGAUCACGUUAUGGACCGUUGAUAGAUUUCCAAGAUGUUGUUAUAAGAAUGAACGCUGCUCCUGUCAAAGACUAUGAAAGAGAUGUUGGGACCAAAACAACUCAUCGUGUCAUGUAUCCAGAGAGUGCCGUGGAUUUAGAUAAUUCUACUCAUCUUGUGCUGUUUCCAUUUAAGAUACAAGAUCUUGAGUGGGUCAUCAAGGCAUUUACAACAGGAUUUUUUGGAAGAUCAUAUGCACCACUGAAAUCCAAAAUAAAAGCGAAAAGAGACUUGGUGAUGGUGAUCAAUCCAGCUUUUAUGAAAUAUGUUCAUGAGAUUUGGCUGGAAAAGAAAGGAGAUUAUCCAUCCACUGGCUUUAUGGCUUUGAUUCUUGCACUCCAAAUUUGUGAUGAGGUCCAUGUGUUUGGUUAUGGAGCAGAUCAUGAUGGAAACUGGAGCCAUUACUUUGAAAAGCUGAAAAGCAAAAGCUUUAAAACUGGACCACACCCGGGUCAACAUGAGUAUGCACUCAUACAACAGUUGGCUGAAAAAAAAUCUGUCAGGCUUUAUAAAGGUUGGUGAGAUCUCGAUUUAAACAGGUUCCUCGAGUCUCAAUGAGAUUUACCUAAAUAAAGCUGUAAUAAAAAAUAAAAAUGUAUUCCUGAAUUUUAAAUUACUCAUAACAUUUCUUUAAAAUGUCAUCUCCUCAAAUA